CGCGCGGCUCCUCCGUGCGGCCCGCUUCCGGUGGGGCGAGGCCGUCUCCGCCGCGGCCCGGCUCCGCGCGUGCAGCACCGCCGGCGGCGGCCCGAUGCAGGCGGAGCGAGGAGGUCGCGGCGGCCGCGGCAGGCGGCCCGGCGGGGACCGCGACCGCGAGCGGGCCGGCUCCGCGGCGGCGGGGGCGAGAGGCGACGGGGGCGGCCGCCGGGGCCGCGGCCGGGGCUCCCGCGGCAGCCGUGGAGGCCGAGGAGGAGCCCCGCGAGGCGGCCGCCGGGAGCCGGCAGGCCGGGGCGCCGGCCCCAGCGCGCCGGUUGAAGAUGACAGCGAUACAGAGACUUACGGAGGAGAGAAUGAUGAGCAGGGAAAUUAUUCUAGAAGGAAGAUCGUCUCUAACUGGGAUCGUUAUCGAGAUAGUGAAAAAGAGGUGAAUAAUGAAGGAGGAGAGUCUCAGAGGGGGACAGACUUCAGUGUCCUCCUCAGCUCCGCAGGGGACUCCUUCUCACAGUUCCGGUUUGCUGAAGAGAAAGAAUGGGAUAGUGAAGCUUCAUGUCCAAAACAGAAUUCGGCGUUCUACCUGGACAGCGAGUCACUGGUCCGAGCACUUCAGGAACUGCCCCUCUCUCUCCGACUCAAUGUUGCUGCUGAGCUGGUCCAGAGCACUGUUCCUUUAGAGCUUCCUCAAGUGAAACCAAAGAGACCAGAUGACAGCAAGGGCACAGGGAUGCAGUUAAAGGGGUCCCUCUCUGAGCUGAGAUCUGCCGCCUGCCCCGGGCCCCUUGGUCCUUCCAGCGGUCCUCAGAAACCGGCUUCCUCCCCUGAGUCCGCGGCAGACCAUUUGGAAGAGGAACUAGAUCUGUUGCUUAAUUUAGAUGCACCUGUGAAAGAGGAAGAUAACUUACUAGGCAAGACAUCUCAGGACCUGAAACCUGAGGAAGACGGGGAGAUGGCCCAAGAGGAAAAAGUUCCUGCAAAGCCAUCUGGGGCUGAAGAAAAGAACGUGGAACCUGAGCAAGGAAGUACAUCCAAAACCGUCACCGAAGAAGAGCUGGAGGACUGGUUGGACAGCAUGAUUUCCUAAACCCACACAAGCAAACAAAAAGUGCCUGAAGAAAAUGGUGGUUGCCUUCUCCACGAGGGCAGGCAUGAGGCUAGUAUCCAGGAACCGUGGGUUUACAAGCAUGCCCCAGGCCGGGGGGUUCCAUUUAUGCUUACAGCAGUCAGUGCCUACCUCUGUUUGACAACACCCGAACAUGUACGAGGCAUUUGUCUUCUGGCUUAAUGCUGUAAUAAGCUUCCUUAAGGACAGGGGGUGGUACUGCCCCUUGUCCCCAGCCUUCUUCCUCUCCGUGUUUACAUUGUAGCAGGUGCUGCUGAUUAAGGGAAUAGAUGCAGGCAACAUUGGCCAAAAUAAACAAACCCUGGUCUGUG